AAUUAUGCGUAUGGAGGAGAAACUUAACCAAGUUUUUGUUUGAAUUUUUUUUAUUGAAUAUGCAUAUUUUUAGAGAGACGAAUAUUGUAUUUAUAGUGGCGCUUUUGGUUGAACUGGCUGUGCGUUUUUAAAGACGCAGCACUUUCGCGACAGUCCCUGCCUGCCUUGUUGCGGAAGUAAAAAGUCUACGUGUGGAAGGAAGGCAAAUGGACGCUAUCAGCGGCAUCCGGGGCUUAUAAAUGAGUCGGAGAGCCGAGCUCGGGCUGUAAUGCUGCGCCGGGUGCGGCAGUGUCUCCGGCAGGUGCUGUUUCAGAUGGCCCGGAGACCGGAUCUGCUCUGCGGUGCCAUCGUGCUCAGCGUCUUGGUCGUGCUGGCUGUGAAGCUGACCUGCAGCCGGGCAAAGAAUGUGGUGGCGGCAGCUCGUCCGCCUGUCCGCUUCUUCUCUGCUGAUGCUCCGGUGGUGGACCUCUACUUGGGUCAGUUAGAUCAGGUGGAGCGUCUCAGGAACAUGGCCGAGGUGUCUCUGAUUUUCUUCUACGCUCCGUGGUGCGCUCACUCUAUGGCUGCUCGGCAGGAGGUGCAGCUGGUGGCCAAAAAGCUGGCCAAACAGGUGCAGUUUGUGGCUGUGAACUGCUGGUGGAGUCAGGGGAAAUGCAGGAGGCACAACCGCUUCUAUCAGUACCCCGUCAUCCAUCUGUUCUACAGACGAUUCGGGCCGAUAGAAUACAGCGGCCCGUUUGUGGCUCCAUAUGUAGAAAGUUUUCUGCUCCGAGUCAUCACACCUCUCACCUACCUCCCAUCCAGGGCUCACCUGGAAGACUUCCUCUCCAACCAUGAGCCUCGUGUCGUGGGCUUCUUCCAGUUUAACUCCUCUCCUCAGCCUCCAGGUUACAUCACGUAUCUGUCCUCUGCCUUGCAGGCCUUGAAAAGAGAUUUUCGUGGCGAUGUGCGUUUUGGAGUGGUCACCAGCAGACACGUAGCAGAGGCCAUCUCACUCACAGAGGAUAAAAGCGUUUACCUUCACAGACGACUUAACUCCUCUUUGAUUUUCCCCAAACAUGAGCGUAACUUCACCUCUGAGGCCAUUUGCCGCUGGGUGUUUGAGAACCAUCAGAGCGUCCUGCGGUGGCUGCAGCCUCCGGGAACAAAGUCUCACCUGCUGGAGCAGGAGCUCACUAAAGGCCCCGCCCUGCUGCUGUUCCUGCCUCACAAUCCGCUGGGGUCGGAGCCCAGCCCCCUCCUGCAACAGUUUGCAGACAUCGCUGUGCGCUAUCAUUCCUGUGACCUCUCCACGUGGGACGGCGUCUCCUCACGCUGCUGUCAGUCAGUAGUCAUCCCCGACACGAGCACGAGCGUGUGUGAGGUGUGCCUCAGCUCGAGGCCUCCGCAGCUCGCCGCUUCCUGCUCGUUCCCCGCUCAGACGGCAGACGUGUUUCAGACUCUCCUCAGACGGUGCUGUCUUCCUCAGCUUCCUUCUCUGGCGUCCUCGAGAAGCGAACCCUCAGCAGCUUGCAGCGACUUCCCCAACCGUUACGUUCCAUUUAGCCACUUCAGUGCCUGCUGCCGGAGAAUAGAACGUCACUUGAAUCAAACCAAAGAGGAAACAGACUUCCAAGAAGUGCGGGACUCCGUCCCACCGUCUGCUGCUCCGCAGGACAAAGACGGCAUCACGGGGCUCAAGUGCCACACCAACAGGACUCUCAGGUUUUAUCUGCUGGACGUUGCACUGAACUGGCCGCUGGCCGUGAGGCUCGGAGCAUCAGAGAGCAUCAACGUGUCCCUGCAUCAGGACACGUCCACACAAGCUGACGGGAGCUGUGACUCGUCGUUCGCAGCUAUCGUCAACCUGAAGGAUGAGACUCAGUACAUUCUGCACCGCAAUCCAGCAGCCACUUUGACAGAGUCUCUCGAGGCCUUCAUCAGGAACUUCAGCGCUCCAUACAGCUUAUUACAGAGACACCUGGUUGGAGAGAAGGACAGGAAUGGAAGUAAAGAAGAAGUUCAGCCUUCAGACGAGCAGAAGGCGGUUUCUCCACCUCUCCUAAUCACAGAGUUGACCACUUCUUCCUUCCUGUCGUCUGUCAUGGACCUUCAAAAGGACGUGCUGCUGUUCUACUACACUCAGUGGUGCGGCUUCUGCUCCGUUCUGAACCACAUCCUCAUCCAGCUGGCCAGGCUGCUGCAAGGAAACGGAACCAUCACUGUGGCCAGGGUGAACGUCGCACGGAACGACCUUCCCUGGGAGUUCAUGGUGGACCACGUUCCCUCAAUCCUUCUGUUCCCCAGAUUCAGAAAACAUCUCAGUGUGAAGUACCCUGACGAUCUUCCCAUCACGUUACCCAACCUCCUGCACUUCAUCCUGCAGCACUGCAGCUCCGCAGACCCUGCCGACGCUCAGUCCGAGGACGCCCAGCCGUCUGGACCCAGCGCCGUCCUCCGCAAAGAGUUCCUGGCUCUCCGGCAGGAGGUUCAAGCGCUGCAUCACGCCCGUGAACACCUGUCCAAGCAGCUGGCGCAGCUGUGGCUGGACAACCGGAGGCUGAAAUUUGAAGUGCGCAGUCUGGAAGAGAAGCUGGAGGAGCAGCACAGGGAGAAGAGCCGACAGCUGGAGGAGGCGCUGAAGCGGCUGCAGGAGCUGGCGGACGCUUCUGAAAGCCUGCUGAAUGAAAACACGCUGCUCAGAGUCCUGCUCCGAGCACUGGAGGACAGAACCGAGGAAAAGGCGGGAAAAAAGGAGCCUGCACAGAGCAAAGGCCAUUUGGCCUCCUGAUGAAGAGAAAAGCCUGAGAAAAAUAUCCCUCAGACCUAAAGGGGGUUGCUUCCUUAGAGCAAACGGAGGAUAUGAAGGUUAACAGUUUUAAGUCGAUGUCUACUCAUAAAAAGUUGGGAAAAAGAUGCUUGUAGUCUGAAACUACAAAGUGCUUUGAACUUUUCCAUUCAAAGAAACACACUAGUUUGGGAAUUCACUUCAAACUCUGCAGUUUUAAUGCAGAGUCUGCUUUAACGAUGGUAAAGAAGAACACUGUCAAUUUUGGGGCUACCAUUACUUUAAUCUUUGUAAGGGUUUGAUGCAGAAAAAAAAAACGCUUUUGACCUCAAUUAGUACUUCAGUUUAUAGUUUUAGUCCAUAAAUCAGCGUUUCCACUGUAUUUCAGUGAUGGUGCGGUCACAGAGGAAAGCGUUACUUUUGUUCAUGGAAGGUUUGUGUCUCGUUUGUUGGGAUGUGAGGAAAAACUUCCUGCUACUAAGUGAAAUGAAGGGCUUGGAUCUUUUCUUUGUUUUAUCUUUAAGAGAAUCCCGUUUGCACAAGAAGCAAAUUGUUAUUUGGUGACUCUUUAACAGGAUCUGGGUUUCCUUGCUAACCUCUAUUGAAUUUGCUUGUCUAAAAAUGAGUUUGCAUUUUUUUAAAUAAUGCAUUAAAGGUUUUUUUGUUUGUUUUUUACCUUUUUUUGCAUCCCUGAUUAUAUUCUUUUAAUGUGAAAACCAAGAAAUCAAACACCUCCAUGCUACAAUAUCUGGUUUAUUUAUAUAUAUUAUUAGAACAGUGCCAAUCUGCAUGAAUAAAGCUCCUUCUAAUGAACAGAAUGCUUCAAAAAAAUUGCUAAAUUUUACAAAUUCAGAAAAUAAUGACAUUUUUAUAUCAGCAAUGCUUUUCAAAUAUUUGUGCUGCUCAACAUGAGCUCAAAGACACUAGAGAGAACAAAAAAUAAACUUUUGUGAGGGGGUUUGUUCAGGGCUUUUUACACUGAUCUAUUUUUACAAAAAUCACUGAGUCAUUUGAAUAUUUUUAUGUAUCUGUUCAGGUAUUAAACAUGAGAUGCUGCAGUUUGUUUACGUGUUUUUUACCGAUUAAAGCCUUCCAUCUUCCUCUGUUGA